AUGUCACAAUACUCUGCGCCUUCGAGUCACCAGUAUCCGGACAGUUCAGGGCUGCAGGUCGUUCAUGACUCGACGGCACCCGAAGUGCGGCCUGACGAGGGUAAAAUAUUGUACGGAUUCUAUGGGCCGAAUACCGCGAAGUUACCCAGCGAAGGGAGCACAUUUCCGAGUGAUGGGAGAACCAUCACCGCCGAUGGCAGGACCAUAGACGGUAGGGCCGCAUCCUUUGAUCCAGCAGCCGCGCCAGAAGCAGUACGAGAAGAACCCAGCCCCAAGUCCCAUCGACGAAUGUACAUCAUCAUCGGAGUAUUGGUGGCUAUCGUCGUUAUCCUAGCGGCAGUCUUGGGUGGUGUUCUUGGUUCAAGGGCUGCGCAGUCAAACAAGAGUUCAUCCGACAACAGUUCAUCCAACAGCAGUUCAGACCAACGAUCCUCGACCUCAACUGCAUCUACCGCAUCGAGUUCGCCCACGACCGCCCCGUCACAAGUAGCGAUUGCCCCCAAAUCUCAUCUUGCCGCGGUCGCAUGGCAGAAUGAAGGAAGUUUUACUCGAUUUCUCUUCUACCAAGACUCGAAUGGGACACUUCGACAAUCCCUCGCUGCCGGCUCGGACUCGGUCGAUAAAGCUGCGUGGGAAAACCCAAGCAAGCUCACACCAGAAUACUCGGUGAAGAACAAUACAGGAAUAGCCGUGUCGCUUCUUCCCAUGAUUGUCAGCGACCCAACUGUUCAAGUCGAGAUGUUUUAUCUCAACGAAAGCUCUGGAGUCAACGGUAUCAACUGGGUCCGCUCGAAUGGCUUCAACCCGGAUGGCGUCAACAACGAGACAUUUAAGAAUGCCAUUGAUGGGAGCGAUCUGGCUGCCUACUGGCCAUAUGUUGCCUACCAAUCAAUCGACAGUGUUCUUCAGCUUAUCAUCUAUCCAUGGAAGAUUAAGGAUCUCAAGAUUCGGGCCAAGCGGGAAACGAGACUUGCUUUGAUCCCAACAUCAAGAAACUACACAGAAAUCCAGAAUUCUGGCCGGUGGGCCUUGGUGUAUCAGAAUGAAGAUGGCAAGAUUACAACACUCGAGGAUCCCGCAAAUCAGGGGGCACUGAAAACUUACUCUGACCAAGAUGACAGUUCGAAGUCGUGGAACUCAUCUUUUCCAAAUAUUGUCACAAACGAACUGGCUUCGAUCGCUGCCUUCUCAGUGGCUGCUUCAUCUGACGCAGCCAAAAAAGAAGUCAACGCAUACAUUCUCUACCAGGAUGCUUCCGGUACGAUUCAGCAAAUAUUCAGAGACGGCGAGAAGAACGAAUGGCAGGAGUCUACACCAGAUGCAUUCAAAGGCGCCGACAAAGGGACUAGCAUAUCCUGCGCGACGACUCCUACUUGGACUUGGCCGACCAUACCCGAACUUGGCGAGAGGCUCCUCGAGUCAGUGUCGGACCUCAACAGUUGCUUCUUCCUGAAAGGUGGCGUUGUCAUGGAGGCUCGGCUAGACGGGACGUCCUGGACUGUUGCACAAGAAAUAAAAAUGGACAAGUUCUCCUGA